AUGAAUACGGAGGAGACGAACGUGGACGUGGCGGAUGCUCGUCAGGAGGAUAAAGAUGCUGAACCGAAGGAAGCGGCGGAUCCCGCGAAGGUGGCCGCGGAUGCUGAUGCGACUGAGGCCGACGUGAGCGAGGCGGAUCUGGACCAGGAGGAGCAGGAGAAGCAGCCCAUCACCGGUGGGGGGGUUGAGGCUGCGGAGGCUCUGUCCUCUGCUAUGGACGAGCCCCCCGCGGAGAAAAACGGCUCUGUUAAACUGAAGAUUAUCGAGGAGGCGGGGGAUGCCAAAUUCACCGGCCUGAACAAGGAGGAGCUGCUGCGGGUGGCCGGGGGCCCGGGGUGGGUAAGAGCACGCUGGGGUCUGCUGUUGGUGUUCUGGCUCGGCUGGUUGGGGAUGCUGGUGGGGGCCGUCAUCAUCAUCCUUCAGGCUCCUGGCUGCAGAGAACUUCCGACCACCAACUGGUGGAACGACGGCCCGCUGUACCGGAUUGGAAACAUCCACGCCUUCAGUGACAUGCAAAACCUCAAGGGUGUGGAACAGAAGAUCAAUAGUUUGUCUAAGCUGAAAGUCAAAGGUUUGGUGGUUGGACCAAUUCACGUUGCUCCACCUGAUGAAGACAUGAGGCUGAGGUUCGAGGAAGUUUCACCUGACGCUGGAAACUUAGAUCAGUUCAAAAGUUUGAUUCAGACAGCUCACAAGAAAGGUAUUUCUGUGGUCUUGGAUUUGACUCCAAACUACCAGGGUACAUCUGGACCCUGGUUCUCAAGCAGCAGUGUAACAAAUGUAGCUGAGAGACUGAAGUCUGCCCUGGUGUUCUGGCUGAAUGAAGGAGUUGAUGGUAUCCAGCUAUUGGGAGUGGAGUAUGUGGCCAGCGAAGUUCCAUCUCUGUGGACUGACAUCCGAGCCAUUGUUCAGAAUGGAACUGACAAGUAUCCCAACAACAAAGUCCUAAUUGGUGUCACGGAGAGCUCCUCUGCUGAAAAUGUGUCGGCCCUCCUCUCCUCAACUGGAGUUGACCUACUGAUCUCCAGGGUCCUCUCCUCUGGUGCCACUGAUGCCACAGGGCGGGCGCAGGUCAUUCAGGAUUUGUAUUAUUCCCACAGUCAGACCAAGUUAGCAUGGAGUCUAGGGGGUCAGGGAGGAGGUCACAUAGCCUCACUGGUGGGCCAAGCUAAUGUCAAACUGUACCAGUUGCUGCUGAUGACUCUACCUGGAACACCCAUCUUCAGUUACGGUGAUGAGAUUGGCCUUAUGGACAAGGGCACAAAGUUUCCAAAGAUGCAGUGGGAUGAGGAACUAAAUGAAACACUACAGGAGGAGCUGGCUGAGCGUCAGUCGUGCCGCAAUUUCUUCCGCAGCGUGAGUGAGCUGCGUGGGAAAGAGUGGUCCCUGUUGUUUGGUGACUUCACUCUACUCUCUAACUCCUCCUCCUCAAUGGCAUACCUGCGGGUGUGGGAUCAGAGUGAUCGUUACCUGGCCGCCUUCAAUUGGGCGGCAGAGGAGGCAGCUGUGUUGCUGAGCGGUGCGGCAGUGCCACCACACGCUACACUUGUUUUCAGCACCAACAGCAGUGUCCUGCCCGGCAGCAGAGUGGACCUGGCAAACCUGCGGCUUGGCCCUGGGCAGGCUGCACUCAUCAAAUAUCCCUACGGUGAAUAG